AUGAUGAAGUGGUAUGUAGAGCUAUCAGAGUACGCCAUCAAGUAUGAGCCCAGAGGAGCAAUCAAAGCUCAAGCGCUAGCUGAUUUUGUGAUGGAGAUGACCUCACCUGUUGAUGAGGGAAAUCCCGGAGAGACACAGUGGAUCCAAUCAGUGGACGGAGUCUCAAAUCUUGGAGGAAGUGGAGCGGGGAUCGUCUUGGAAGGUCCGGAAGGAAUUUUGUUGGAACAAUCAUUAUGCUUUGAAUUCCGAGCAAGCAACAACCAGGCCGAAUACGAAGCGUUGUUAGCCGGCAUGGCAUUGGCGAAGGAGAUGGGGGCGACGAGUUUAUCAGCUCGAAGUGACUCUCAGCUGAUCACAGGGCAGGUAGCUGGAACUUUCCAAGCAAAGGACCCUCAACUGGCUAAGUACUUAGAAAAGGUUAAGCUCUUAUCGGAAAAUUUCCGAGAGUUUACACUUAACCAUGUACUGCGAGAGCAGAAUUCGAGAGCAGAUCUCCUCUCUAAGUUAGCAAGCACAAAGAAGCCAGGAGCCACUCGGUCGAUCAUCCAAGAAACCUUAGCUCAGUCGAGUAUUAAUGAGCCACAAGAGAGUGUUCUUUUCAUCCAAGAAGAGCUCGAUUCGUGGAUGGGACCCUAUAUUGCAUACCUGACUCGGGGGGAGUUGCCAAAGGACAAAAAGGAGGCAUCACUGAUACAGAGAGAGGCACCCAGGUUUGUAGUCAUCAACGAAAGGUUGUAUCGAAGGGGUUUCAGCUCUCCCCUUUUGAGAUGUUUGACCACGUCACAAACGCAGAGAGUGAUGGAAGAAGUGCACGGCAGCAUGUGUGGAAGUCAUAUAGGAGGGCGAGCUCUAGUAUACAAAGUUGCGAGGGCAGGGUACUUUUGGCCGACUUUGAGAAACGACUGCGUCAAUUGGGUUCAAAAAUGUGAUGGAUGUCAAAGACACGCAACGUUGCACCACUCUCCAGCCGAACGACUCCAUUCAAUCUUGUCUCCUUGGCCAUUCAACAAGUGGGGUAUUGAUAUUCUCGGCCCAUUCCCGAUCGCGGUGAGACAGUUGAAGUUCUUGAUAGUGGCCGUAGACUACUUCAGCAAGUGGAUUGAGGCGGAGCCCGUAGCAACCAUUUCGGUAGAGAAGAUCCGAAUGCACCCGGCAGACGAGGACAAAACUGCAUUCAUCACCGAUCAAGCCAAUUACUGCUACAAGGUCAUGCCCUUUGGCUUGAAGAACGCAGGCGCAACGUAUCAGCGUUUGAUGGACAAAGUAUUGGUGAACCAGCUGGGUAGGAACGUGGAAGCUUAUGUGAAUGACAUGGUGGUGAAAUCAAUGAGUCUGAAUCGGCAUUUGGAUGAUCUGCAGGAAUUAUUUGAGACCAUAGGCAAGUAUUAG